GUUCGGGCACACGGCGUUCCUGCAUUGGUCUGGAGUAUCCUUUCUCUUAUUCGCCCUUGUCUGUCUUGAGUGAAAUCAACACAGAGACCUUCGGCGAGCAGGACGCGUCUGCUAUAAGGGAUUCACGUACGCCCAAGAUAGAACUUGGGGGCUCGUAACCGUAUAUUUCUGGACUUGAGGGAACCACCGCGCUAUAUACGGAUCACCAUGUUUCGGUCACCACUCUUCGCUUGGUCGCCACGGCCAGACCAGAACCAGGACUUCGACGCAACGCCUGCAACGCAGUCGACAUCUCGGUUCAGCACGUUCCGCAGUAAUGUGCGGGGGAUGGUCAACGGGUCGUCGAUAUACUCGCAGUCGCCGGCUAUGAAUAACAACAAUAACAUCAACACACCCAAAACACCCUUCCUGGGCUUCUGGAACCGCCAGCAACCGGCCAACCAGGAUGGGCUGCCUACCUCCCAAAACGCGCAUCGCGAAUCACAUGAUUCGAGAUCUCCCUUCCAUGCGCAUCACACCGCAGGCUCCUACAUCGGCGCCAUCAACCCGCCACAAGAUCCGCAGGAAUCAACCACCCUCUACGCUCGUCACCCAGCCGAUGUACCAUUGCCCAACCAGCAGGAGGGCUUCGUAGACCCUGAGAUCCAGCAACUACAAGACGAGAUAAACGGCCGACGACACAAGCGACGGAAGCACCGAAGGAGAAAGCACCAUCGCACCGAACGCUCCGCAUCCAACGCAUCCAGCGGUUCCAACGGAUGGGUACGCAGGCGAGAACAGCGCGGUACCACCGCAGUAUACGUCCGCGGAUCAGCUGCACGCGGGAAGAUGAUAGCAUGUGUGAUAUCCGGCACCUUUCUCAUCACCAUCCUCGCAAUCUACCUAGCAAUCGCCCUAACCAACCGCUCUCUCGGCCAAGAAAUCCACAUCCUCUUCAUCAUGGUCCUCCUUACCAUAACAAUCUUCUUCUGCCACUCCCUCAUCCGCCUCUGCAUGCUCAUGCUGAACCCACCACGCCACGAACACCGCGCCAUCAUGCCCGAUAUGACAGGCGGCGGCGAGGGUUUCCAACCCAUCGUCCCCAUUCGCGUGCACCUGCGGCGCGACGAAGAAACCGCAGACGCUGAUAUGGAUGACGUGCUGGAGAAUGACAUGGUGGGUGCCAGUGGGGAUGAGGAGGGCAAGAAUAUGCCGCCGCCUCCGCCGCCUGCGUACGGCCUUUGGAGGAGUAGUGUACGCGUCGACCCUAACCUCCUCCACUGGCAGCGCGUCGAAGAUGCUACACGCGGUAGUGCUAUCUCCGCCGCUCCUCACUCUACCCGUGCCUCCCUCUCUGGACCCGCGGUGCUCGCAGCAGCAGCUCUACGCGGCAGCGCGACGUCAACAUUGUCACAUCAACCUCCCCAGCAAGAAGGUCCCCGUCCCCCAUCUUAUGCCUCGGAAGACGGCGUAAGUUACAUCGUUGAAGCUGAGCCAAGGCACACCACGAACGUCAGGGAUAGCACGAGGGGUGCUUUAAGUGAAAUUCAUCCUGCGUGGCGGCCUGGGUAUGCGAUGAGUGAAAUUAGGGGUGGGGAGUUGCCUGCGAGUGCUAUGAACGGUAGUCGCGUUUAAAAGUGGUGUGGCUGUUUGUUGCUAUCGAAUAGUGCGUAGUGCAUACUGUGCCCGCAUCGUCGGGUUGUUUGGUUAUGUUUGUAGCGUUCUAGCAUUGCGUCUGUUUUGAGGAGUGUGUACAAUUGCAUGGUCAUACCACUUUCAAAUCUUGCAUCUCCU